AUCAUGUUCCUGCAGAACCUCAGCCACUCCUCCUUCAUCCUGCUGGGCGUCCCGGGCCUGGAGGCCGCCCACCCCUGGCUCUCCAUCCCCCUCUUCUCCAUGUACCUCAUCACCCUCCUGGGGAACAGCAUCAUCUUGCUGGUGAUCAAGACAGAGGCCAGUCUCCAUAAGCCCAUGUACAUCUUCCUCUCCAUGCUGGCAGCCAUCGACCUGGUGGUCUCCUCGGCCACGCUGCCCAAGAUGUUGUGUUCCUUUCUCUUCCUUGACAGGGAGAUCAGCUUUGCCGGCUGCUUGACCCAGAUGUUUUUCAUCCACUCAUUCUCCGUGAUGGAGACGACUGUCCUGGUUGCCAUGGCGUUUGACCGCUAUGUGGCCAUAUGCUCCCCACUGCGCUACGAAGCCAUCUUGACCAAUCAGCGGCUUUUCAAGAUUGGCGUGGUGGUGGUGGCCCGGGCUGUGGCUCUCAUAGUGCCACUCCCAAUUCUGGCCACGAGGCUGCCCUUCUGCGCAAGCAACGUGGUGCCCCACACGUACUGCCAACAUAUGGCCGUGGUGAAGCUGGCCUGCACAGAUGUCACCGUCAACAGCCUGUAUGGACUGAGUGUGGCCCUCUACGUGGGCCUUUCCGAUGUUCUGCUCAUCGGCCUGUCCUACGCCAUGAUACUACGGACGGUCCUCCAGCUGCCCAGAGAGGCUCAACUCAAGGCCUUCAACACCUGUGGCUCUCAUAUCUGCGUCAUCCUCAUCACUUUUGUGCCAGGCCUCUUCUCCAUUCUGACCCACCGCUUCGGACACAAGGUGGCCCCCCCUGUGCGCGUCCUCCUGGCUAACCUCUACCUGCUGCUCCCUCCCACUCUGAACCCCAUCAUUUACGGCAUCAAGACCAGGGAGAUCCGCCAGAGGGUGCUCCGCCAGGUGUGGAGGAGGAAGAAUUUAUUCUGA